AGCCGCAGCUCCGUGAUUAGGUCACUCUGACAGCCACAGCUCUCUAACUCAGAACCCAGGGUGCAGUUACUUAAAGCCAUGUGCUUCCUCCACACUGGUCACCUAGAACAGGCCUAUGCCAAAUGAGAACUGCCUUUGCUGUGCCCAAAGCUAGCUCCCCCGCCCUGAGAUCUAUGGCCCACUAAUAUGAAACAGGAAAGGCUCCCUGACCUCUGGUCAAACCCUCCAUGUAACCCACUUCUCAGCCCUGAGGGACCUAGGCAGUGCCUGAAGCUGUGUGGGUCACACCUUGCCUGCACUUUGCCACCUGCCUUUGGAACAUCCCCAACUAUCCAAAACAGCCCUCAGGUCUGCAGACCCUUUGCCUGGUGUCAUCAAAUGUGCAGUAAGGAGACUAGGCUGAGACCAAGAUCCUUGUGCUGCCUCCCACUCUGCCUGCUGGCUCCCACUUGGACCCUCAAAGGGACAAUAUGCCCAUACUACACUUGGAUAAAGCUACUUUGCCAAAAGGACUUGGGAUUCGAGAGAGAGACAGAGAGAGAGAGACAGAGAGAGACAGAGAGACAGACAGAGAGAGGGAGGAGAGAGGGAGAAGGAGAGGGAGAUAAAAAUAGAGACAAACAGACAGACAGAGACAAAUGGACAGAUAGAUGGACAGAUAGACGGGCAGAUAGACCUAGACCCACGAUGAUGUUCAGGAUACCCACUCCAGCUCCCAAAGUCUCACAGCAGUCCCCAUGGACCCUAGGACUGAGCAGACACAUCCAGGGGAAUUUCCCACAAGACAGGAGCAUGUUCUACCAAGGCAGUUCUCACCAAGGUAGGAGACCAGGCUUUCACCAUUGCUAAUGCCCGAGCUAGCCACAGACGGAGUCAAGGCACCAAGCAAAAGUUUAAGACUCCCCUUGACCCUAAUCUUCAGGCUAUGCCCUCCUCCUCAUCCUUACCAUACCCACCCCCUACCAGAUCUCCCAAGAAGCCCACUGGCCAGAGCCCUCUUCUAAGGGAAGAGGCACCCAUUCUCUCUCCAAGGAAGAGAACGCAAAUGUUGCACUGACCAGGUGACCAAAGGGUGAAGUGGCAGCCUGAAGCUUUUCUACAGGAAAUGGUGAUCCGGGGGAGAUGCUUGCUUUGUCUCUUCUCAUGCACAGCUCCUUCAAGAAUGUUCUACUGCAUUUAGAUGACAUUUUGUAUAAUCUGUAACUAUUGACGUGGGGAUGACAGGGCCAGUUAAAUGGCAAAAUAUUGCACAGUCAUUUUCGACAGCACAGACCUACAGAUAUUUUAACCCUUCCAGGAUAUGGUGACAAAAGAAUGAGGCUCAGCACCUGUAAAGCAGAAUGAGUCUACAGAAGGCACAGGGAACUCCCAGACGUAAACACCCGACACGCGAACACUGGCCUUUUCACAUUAUCCAGGCUCUUCUGUUUUUUUUCUCAUCACAUGUAAAUUGCCUUUACAACACAAUAGACUUCCUUUUUAAAGGUGUGUGUAUAAAAGAGUGUGUGUGUGUGUGUGUGUGUGUGUGUGUGUGUGUGCAUGCGUGCAGCCAUGUAUUAUGGGGUGAUGUAUGUAUACAUCUAUGAGGGGACCCUGUGCACUUGUGCAUGAAGACCAGAGAUUAAUGUGGAGUCUUCCUCACUCAUUUUUCCACUUUCUGUUUUUGAAUCACUGAUCCUGGAGGUUGUCAAUUUGGCUAAGCUGACUGGCCAGUGAUCGUCACAGAUCUUCCACACCUCUGCUCUCGCAACCUCAGCGCUGGGGUUAAGGACCAGCGCUGCCACGUCCAACCUUUAAACCUUCUUUACAAUAAAAGUAACACUCUCUGUUUUCAAUUUUUUUAAUUUGUUUCUGCGUUAUGGAGGCAGCCUGGUCUUGAAUUCACAGCCAUCCUCCUGCUUCACUUUCCACAGUGCUGGGGUUACAGUAAUGUACCACAACGUCAGGCUUCUGUUUGUUUUGUAUCAACAAUCUGGCCUGUUCUAAGUCACAGAGUCAGGAUGAAUAAAAGGAAUGUGUCUAGAGGCCACACAGGUGGAGAAGCAACCUGAGGGGACAACCAGAGUAGGAAGCACCCACCUGGGUUUGAGGGACUUCCUGGCCACCAUUCCCGGAAGUCAUGGCUCAAGUGAGGCAGAGAAGGGGGGGCACGUAUUCAGAAGAGGCCAUAUUCCAGUUUGAUGGCCACGUUCACAUUAGAGGACCGGUGGACACGUCACUGUGGCGUCUGCCCAAAGGCGAGCGUGAAGAGGGGGAGGUUAAUGUGUUUUAAAGCACUUGGCCCAAAUGAAAUUAUAUAAUUCAGGAAGGAACAAAUCACAUCACUGACGAGAGGGGUUUUUGUUGGGUGUUUUUUUUUUUUUUAAGGUAAAAAGAAAGGAAAAGAAGAAGAAAAAAAAAGACGGAGUGUCUUCAUGAGAGAAGAGGCGCAGUGGGAACUGCAGGCUAUAAGCAAAGACGCCAUCUCAAGGAGGGGACCGGGGGCGUCUUUUGCUCCUUGUUGGCCUAUAAAAGGUGCACAGCCAGGCAGGCCUCACCUCACGCCCAGGCAGCCUUAUCACCACUCAAGGGACAGAGGGCUGCACCAUCCCCUGUGGGAUCCGAACUCCCGGGCAUCAUCCAGGAAGACGGAGCAUGGCCCUGAAGACGUGGCUUCUGUGCUUGCUGCUGCUAAGCUUGGUCCUCCCAGGGGCUUCCAGCCGAGCCCACCAGCACUCCAUGGAGACAAGAACCCCUGAUAUCAAUCCUGCCUGGUACACGGGCCGCGGGAUCAGGCCUGUGGGCCGCUUCGGCAGGAGAAGGGCAACCCCGAGGGAUGUCACUGGACUUGGCCAACUCAGCUGCCUCCCACUGGAUGGACGCACCAAGUUCUCUCAGCGUGGAUAACACCCCAGCUCGAGAAGACAGUGCUGCUGAGCCCAAGCCCACACUCCCUGUCCCCUGCAGACCCUCCUCUACCCUCCCUCUCCUCUGCUUUCUCUCUAAUCUAAUAAAAGUGUUGGCUUUGUUUACUCUA